AUGAUCGACCGGCAGCGGCUCGGCCAAGUUUUCCUAGCGCUUCAGAUUUUUAUUCUCGAAGUAGUGGCCAAUGAAGACAGCAUCUACACCCAGCCGGCCGAGCUGGUGCUAGCCGGAAAGCAGUCCGACUCAAUGUACCCCUAUCAGAUGUCGUUGACGAGGAGUAAGCGGCAGUGCUGCAGCAUGUGCAAUAUGGGGGCUGGGGAUUGCGGGUGCGGCGGUUGCCCAAUGAUGUCGCGUCAGAUAGUCGCUUCACCAGAGCCCGUCUGCCCGGCCAGAUGCAUGCCAAUGUGCACAUCGGCUUGCGUGAUGGGUAUUGAUAUCUCGGCCCGCCCGACUUGUAUGGCGGCCUGCAUGCCGGAUUGCCGACCGCAAUGCGUUGAGGCUUUGGAGAUCCGAGUCUCCGAACAAACCUGUAUCCAGCCAUGUAUGCCCCAGUGCUCCCCACAGUGCGUCCAGGCGCUGCAAGUAAAGUCAACCACCUGCGUACAACCUUGCAUGCCAAGCUGUAACGCGCAGUGCGUUCAAGCCGUGACUUGCAGUACAUGCACCAACAACUGCCCUUCAUCAUGCACCCAGUUGACCUGUAUCCCAGAGUGUAUGCCAAGGUGUCUGCCGCAGUGUCUUCAACAAAUCAGUGUGGUACCGACCAACACCUGCGAUUCUGCUUGUAUGCCGAGCUGCUCGCGGACGUGCGUCCAGAUGAUUGGCCAAUGUCCGCAGCAGUGUAGACCAAUGUGCACAUCGGCUUGUGUUAAUGCGCUCUCAAUCCCUGCCACCCAAGGCAGCUGUGCGCAGAGCUUCCUCGGCGGUAUUUCGCUGAAGAAGCGCAAGGAAGAGAAGAAGGACCCGGAAUCGAAGAAAACUAAC